AUGGGUCUCUGCGCAUCUUCAGAAAAGAACGGCAACAGUUCUGAUACGCCGGCCACCAGCGCUCGCAGUGGCAGCGCUGGCAGAGCAAAGGUAUCAUCCCAGCAGCAGCCGCAAGGGCAUCCGCAGAGUACUGCAAGGACCGCCAGCACAGUCAGUCAGCAACAGGAGCAACAGGAGCAGCAGCAGCAACACCGGCCGCCCGUGCAUGAUGCUAAGAACAACAGUAUCAGCAUCAACAACGCGAUAUCUCCUACGGCUACGGCAAACACCAGCGGAUCACAGCAGAUCAACAUCGACUCGGCCCUAAGGGACCGGUCGACGAAUGGACCGGCCCAGCCGACGGUGUCGGAUGCGUCAAGUGGCAGCAACGGCAAGGAAUUCAAAGUACUGUUAUUGGGUGCCGGUGAGAGCGGUAAGUCCACCGUAUUGCAGCAGUUGAAGAUUUUGCACCAGAACGGAUUUACCGAGCAGGAAAUUAAAGAGUACAUUCCCCUGAUCUACCAGAACUUGUUGGAGAUAGGGAGAAGCAUCAUCCAAGCAAGAACAAAGUUCAGCGUCAACUUGGAGCCGGACUGCGAUCUGACACAGCAGGACCUGGCCAAAGUUCUGUCCUACGAAGUGCCCAAUAACUACACGCGUCAAUUCCCGACGGAUAUCGCGGCCGUGAUAUCCAAACUAUGGGCCUUGCCCUCCACACAGACUCUGAUCGACGGCCCCAAUGCAUCGAAGUUCUAUUUGAUGGAUUCCACCCCUUACUUCAUGGAAAACUUCACCAGGGUCACUUCGCCCAAUUACAGGCCCACCCAGCAGGACAUACUGAGGUCAGGACAGAUGACGUCGGGGAUCUUCGACACCGUCAUCGACAUGGGCUCGGACAUCAAGAUGCAUAUCUACGACGUGGGCGGCCAGCGUUCGGAAAGAAAGAAAUGGAUCCACUGCUUCGAUAACGUCACGUUGGUCAUCUUUUGCGUUUCCCUGUCGGAGUACGACCAGGCGUUGAUGGAGGACAAAAACCAGAACCGGUUCCAGGAAUCACUGGUACUCUUCGACAAUAUCGUCAACAGCAGAUGGUUCGCCCGCACAUCGGUCGUACUCUUCCUGAAUAAAAUCGAUCUGUUUGCUGAAAAACUAGGUAAGGUGCCCAUGCAAAAUUACUUCCCGGACUACACGGGCGGGUCCGACAUCAAUAAGGCCGCCAAGUACAUUCUUUGGAGAUUUGUUCAGUUGAACAGGGCAAAUCUAAGCAUAUAUCCUCACGUAACCCAAGCCACAGAUACUUCGAACAUCAAAUUGGUAUUUGCCGCCAUCAAGGAAACUAUCCUAGAAAACACUUUGAAAGACUCUGGAGUACUGCAAUAA